UCGGGCUGAACGGGCGGGAGAGCCUGGAGUGGCAGAGAGGAGAGGGAAAAAGAGAGGAAAACACGAAGGAAAACAAACCCCACAGCCUCCCACUCUCUGCAGCCACCAUGCCCAGACACCCCACUGCUGCCCUGCUGCUGGCGCUCGCCCUCGUCGCCCUCCUGGACCGCGGUAUGGGCCAUCCUCCACCCAAGUCCCACCUGGCCGCUGCCAGCGCUGCCCACCUGAGGACCAAGCGAUGUUCCUGCAACAGCUGGCUGGAUAAGGAAUGCAUUUACUUCUGCCACCUGGAUAUCAUCUGGGUCAACACUCCUGGACACACCGCUCCCUAUGGCUUGGGAAGCCCGCCAAGGCGGCGCAGGAGAUCGCUCAGCCGCUGCGAGUGCUCGCACUCCAGGGACAACAUCUGUGCCACCUUCUGCCAGGCAAAGCCUGGGUACCUCCAGAGUCUGAAGAUCCCAGCGAGCUCUGGAGCAUCAGUGAAGUCUCUGCAGAGCGGUGGCAUGAGGCCUUCUCAUCAUGGCCUGCUGAGAGCUCUAAGGGAUCUUGCUGCCUCCAGCUUGCGGUUCAGCAAGCGCCAGCACCGUUCUCAGAGGAAUGCACAGCCGACAGUUUUGCCUUGGAAGAAAAACAUCUGGAAGAAGAAGAGAUAAGAAGCAGGUGCAUACCAAGUUCACCAGAAGAAUUUGGAGGCCUGUGGGUGCCACUAACUCCGCUGUCGGUGGUUAGAGCUGAAGGAAAGGCCAUAAGUGGAAGGGGGAAGAAGUGGAAGUCUCCAUGCUCCUGUUGCGUGAACCAGUACUGUAUGCAUCCCAGAGACUGUUGUAAAGGGAAACCUGUCUCUCUAUACAGUCAUAGAUGUGUCGAGGAGCUGAAUUGUGCCUUUUUGGAUGAGGCAAGGGUCUUGCUGGUAGAGUACUAUCUUAACUCUGCGCUGGAGUCUGAGGCAGAGGGUGAGCCCGUGCUGGGUGGUUGAACCACGUACAAAUGAGGUUACUCAGUACCGUUCUGGACCUGGCAGCACUGAGCCCACAGCACUGAGCCCCUAUCCCUGGCCUGGCCUGCUCUGCCUUUGAGCCACGUUUGAGCCUGGUUCCAGCUUGGCCCCGUUCAAAGGUGGUUUGGCUGGGCGUGCAGAUGGGGUUAAACUGCCUCCAGCGUGGCUGCCAGAGCCCACCUUUGCACUUUUUCUCUUGUCAGACAGUGUGAUGUGCAUAUGAAUAGACUCCCAUGGUAAAACAGCUCCCAGUUUUUAUUAAACAUAUAUAUACAUCAUCUAGAAGCUGGAAAGCCAACUGAGUACUCAGUGGCAUUCUUUGGCUGAGAAAAGGCCAUCCUUAAGUGGUUCUUGAUUAGGUGGAGGAUAGCUUGCUUAAGCCAGAGCUUGCACCAAAUCCAAACACCACCCUGCCACCAGGCACAGCACCAGCCGCGCUGGGGAGGCUGUCAUGGAGCUGUAAUCCUGCGGGAGCCCCGUGCAUGCAGCCCCACAUAGUUUGGAGGAGGGAGCCCCACUGAGACUGAGCUGCUAGUCCAGAUGGGUUCAGUGCUAUGAAUCUGUUUCAUCUCCUUGGACAUAGUCUUAGCGGGGUAGUGCUUCCAGCUCUUAACCUAAUAUCCCAGCUUUCUUUCAGCUCUGCCUGAAGGGAGAGGCUAGGGGCAAAGAAGAUGGGUGGUGGGAAAAUAGCACGCAGAGGCUUGCUUGCUGCUUCGCUUAGAUCAGGUCUCCGAGUUGGAAUCUAUAUUACACAAAUGACCAGUAUAUGGAUAGCGUGUUGUUACGGGAAGUGUAACCUGCAUGGGGAAUGCGUUAGGCAAGGGGCAGACAGGUGGGAUUGGUGUAGAGGACACGAUCGCUAUGAAGAGAGCAGAGCACUGUCUGCACAGCUUUAGAGGAAAGGCUUGGAUUUAAAUCUAUGCCAGAAUCCUGGCUGCUUCCCCAGCCGUGGAGCAGCACGGAGCUGGGAAGAAAGAGUUUGGAUAAAACACUGAGCUCAGAAACCAAUCUUUUAGGCAAAUGCAAUCUCACGGCUCUGGAGCUGUAUCACGAAUGCACUUUGGUUUGCCUGAGCAGAUUAACUUCUCAUCUACAUCGUGGCUUGUAGCUGUCGUCUGGUUAGUGCAGAUAAAUAAUUGCUCUCUUGGA